ACUUGGGGUCGGAAGUAAACGCAAACUGCCGUCCUCGCGACAAUGUACUACUACAAAGAAGCAGUAGUAUUAAUUAAAAGUAUACUACUAAAAUAUCUUUCAGGGAAAUGUGUGUGCUUUGAUGUAAAUCCACUGGCUCGCGUCACAAAGAGGUGGAAAGUGAACGUAAUGGGACUCCCGCCGUCGUGGUUGUGCCUUCAGCUCUUCUCGCGUGUCGUCGACGCGUCACGUCGCACAACAGCGCCGCCCUCUCCUGCGACGGCCGCUGUCGUCCACUACACCUGCCCGGUGGAAACAGCUCCGGCGGUGACAAGCGCGGAGGAGCGUCUGCCGUCAGUCCUCUAGGGCGCCAUCCCCAGCGACCGAUGCCGAAUGGCCCUCCCCUCCGCACACGGCCAUGUAAGCGAGGAUGCGACUGCCUAGCUCCAUCUUUGUGUCGGUGUCUCUGUUCACGGCCGAGGCCACUGCGGCGAUCUACCUGAGCUCGACGUACAGUUCGGCCGGGGACAGGUUCUGGCUCAAUCUCACCCUGCUCUUUACGCUGCUGCCGUCCCUGCUGGUGCAGCUCACCCUCAUCUUCAUCCACCGGGACCUGAGCCAGGACAAGCCGCUCCUACUGCUGCUGCACAUCCUGCAGCUCGGACCCAUCAUCAGGUGUCUGGAGGCGUUCUGGCUCUACGGCAGCGUGGGCCGCGUGGAGGAUACUUAUGUCAGCAUCACCAGGAAGAAGCAGCUGCACCGCACAGGCUCCACGGAGGAGGUGGAGCACCAGGUGGGGCAGGCCGAAGGCAAGCUGAUCACGCACCGGGCGGCGUUCGCACGCACCUCCGUCAUCCAGGCCUUCCUGGGCUCCGCCCCCCAGCUCAGCCUGCAGCUCUACAUCUGCGUGAUGGAGCGAGGCCUGUCUGUGGGACGAGUCACUCUGAUGCUAAUCUCGUUGCUCUCCAUCGUGUACGGAGCGAUGCGCUGCAACAUCCUGGCCAUCAAAAUCAAGUACGACGACUACGACGUGAACUUGCAGCCCAUGGCCUACGUGUGCAUCUUCCUGUGGCGCGGCUGCGAGAUCGCCACCCGCGUGAUGGUGCUGGUCCUCUUCAGCUCCGUGCUGAAGAAGUGGGUGCUGCCCGUGAUCGCCGUCAACUUCUUGGUCUUCUUCUUCUACCCGUGGCUCCUCUUCUGGAAGGGCCACUCGCCCUUCCCGGAGAACAUCGAGAAGACGCUGUCGCGGCUGGGCACCGCCGUCACGCUGUGCAUGCUCACCUUCCUGUACGCCGGCAUCAACAUGUUCUGCUGGUCGGGCGUGCAGGUGAAGCUGGACGACCCGGACCUGAUCAGCAAGUCCCAGAACUGGUACCGCAUGGCCGUGUUUUACAUGGUGCGCUUCAUCGAGAACGCCUCCAUGCUGCUGCUGUGGUACAUCUACAGGACGGACUUCUACCACAUCCUCUGGGUGCCGCUGCUGAUGCCCCUGCUGCUGGCGGCCUACGUCGCCGCCAUUUUCUUCAUGGUGAUCUUCUACCAGUUCUUCCACCCGUGUCGGAGGCUCUUCAGCACCAGCAUCAGUCACGACCUCAGGGACUGCUGCGCUUUUUUCUGCCUGACGUGCAGGUCUCCGGAGGAAGGCGACAAGCCUCGCAAGGCGCCUGGGGCCGCCGACGUACGCUGCGACAUUCCCGACGCGGCGAACGGCAACAACAGCUGCACUUUGGCGCCGUAAAAGUGCCACGCUGGUUUCUCACUAUGUUUACAUCCGACCUUUUUUUUUUAUCAGCCUCAAUACAAACAUGCACCAAACCCUGCAUCACCUCUCCUGUAUGUGACAACAAGAGAUAUGAUGCCUGAUUGUACUGUUACGAGGAGCAAAAUAUGUGAGUAUUGUUUUUUUUUUUUUAUAUCUGUGAGGCCAUGAGUCACAGAUGCUCAUAAUUGCUCAUGCUAGAGCUGGUCAACUUUUCUGCACCAAACUUUUUAUGUGCACAGGGAACUGAAAAUGGCCUCCCCUCAACUAUUUUUCUGCAUGCGUCACCAUUCUGUAUUAAUGACAUUAAUGCAAAAAUAAUGGAAGAUGGGUUUUUUUCCCAACUUUCCCAAAACUGUUCCCACAAAGUUUCAAUCAUAACCGGGCCCUUGUUGAUACUACCUAGAAAAGCCAACAUUUAAAAAAUAUCGAUCCGUAUUUGAGAAUGUGCGUGAACAGCACCAGUGCACAAUGUGGAUGCUGAAUUCGAUUUUCCAAUGUUCAGAAUCAGAAAUACAUUAUUAAUCCCCGAGGGGAAAUUAAGGUUUUCAGCACAAUCCCAUUCAAGGAAAAAUAUUUAUGCCUUUUUUCCCACUAUUCUGUAAAGACAGCCCUAACAUAAAACGUGCAAAUGUUCCCACAAAGUUUGAAUUAUAAACCACAUUAACACGGCAUAAAAAAGGUCAAAUUUUUUCACUAUUUUGUAUAAAAACACGGAAUCGCACCUGCUAGUGUUCCCCAAACUGCUCCCUCUAAAUAUGAAUUCAAAGUUACUUUAAUUCUGAUAUUUUUUUGUGUGUAAAAGACAAAGGAAGAUAAAAUGCCAGGGGCCGUACUUAUCAAGCUUCUUAGAAUUACUCCUAAGAAGUCUGCUAAG